GAACAGGAACCUCCCAAUCAUCUCACUGUUGAUUCAUUUAUGUUCUCCGUGUUCUGUAGGACACUAAAGAACAGGAACCUCCCAACAACACCAGCACCAGAACCUGCGUUUUCAAUGGGAACCAGACUCGACAAACUGGUUCAGGGACUGUGAAACUUCAAGAUGACUUUAAACAUUUAAAGAGACGCAGAAGAAGAAGAGAGAACUUCAUCUUCUUUGUUGAUGACGGCCGGAGAGGCCGAGGAGACGGGAAGGAUGGCUGGAGGAGAAGGGAACAUGAAGCUUCCUCGCUCUGUCACCACUCUGAGUACCAUCGCCAUCCAGGCCGGCCAAUCGCUGAUCGUUGUCUCUGUACUCAAGAGUGGGUCUCUGGUCCGCCUCCAGCUGGUCCAGGUUCAUCCAGGUCUCUGUGAGGUCGGAUCGAACCAGAGAGAAAACCAGACUCUGAUCCAGGAACAAGAGCAGCUGAUGGAGAAGCUCAAGAAACAUGAGGGGGAGGUUCUGGCUGUGGUGGAAAAGAACCAACAGACAGAGCAGCUGAGGAGGACGAGGGGGAGGGAUGAAGGGCUGAUGGAGCACAAGAGGACGAAGAAGCAGGAGGAAGAGGAGGAAUUGCACAAGGCCAUGGUGGCGUCUCUGACUGAAGGAUGGUCGCUGCUCCUCCGCCUGCUGCAGAGACGACAGGAAGUCUUGAUGCUGGCUAAAGACUUCUACAGCCGAGCUGAGGAGUUUUCUGUCUGUCUGGACAGGGUGGAGGAUCUACAGUUCAAACCAGACAGACGGACGGAGGUUCAGCUCUCAUACAACGUUCUGAGGAGAGAUCUUCUGGGAAAAUCUCUGCAGGUUUUAACCAGCAGUAGCGUUCUGCUGCAGAAACUCAGACAGCUGAAGAGGACCGAGGACCUCCAGAGGAGAGGAGGAGGACUGCAGGAGGAGGAGAGUUCCCAGUGCAGCAGGGGGGUGGCUCUGAGGCUGGAGGAUCUGGUGGAGGCGCUGCAGGACCGGAGGAGGACGGCGGACCAGGCCAUUAGGCUGCAGUUCCAACAGGCGGAGAACGGCAUCAUGGUCCGUAAGAAGGAACACGAGGACUGGAAGAUCCUGGACCAGGACCUGCAAUCUAGAUCCACAUCAGCAGAGAAUGCAGACCUGGAGUCAGAAUCCAGAACAGAACGAACCAGAGACCUUCAGCCUGGAUCCAGAUCGGACCAGACACAGGGAUCCGGAUCAGAUGAGAGGCCUGGAUCCAGAACAGAACGAACCAGAGACGUGGCUCCUGGAUCAAAAUCAAAGGAGACCAGUAACUUCGAGUCAGGUUCCAAAUUAUAUCUGAAACCUGAAUCCGGAUCAGAACUGCAGCCUGGAUCCAGAUCAGAACUGCAGCCUGGAUCCAGAUCAAAGGAGAACAAAAUGUUCGAGUCAAGAUUAGAGUUGAAGUCUGGAUCACCAGAGGCCACCAAAAACCUGCAGUCUGGAUGUAAAUUAAACCUGAUGGUUGAUUCUAGACCAGACCUCAAGUCAGAUUCUGGAUCAGAGGAGACCAGAGACCUGAAGCCUGGAUCCAGAUCAGAGGAGACCAGAGAGCUCCAGUCAGGAUUAAAACCAGGCAUGCAGAUAGGAUCCAGAUUAGAACUGGACCCUGCAUCUAGAUCAGGCCUGAAUUCAGAUUCUAGAUCAGAGGAGACCAGAGACCUGCAGCCUGGAUCCAGAUUAGACCAGAUGCCAGGACCAGGAUCAGACAUGUACCCUAGAUUUGGGUUAGAUGUGCAGCCUGAAUCCGGAUCAGAGGAGACCAGAGACCAGCGGUCUGGAUCCAGUGUGCAGGCAGCAGGGCAGCAGAGCAUGCUGGGAAAGGAGAAUCCUGGUGGAGAAGGCCAUGCCCACCAAACGCUCCCGACCAAUUGGAGGCUCCAGCUGCUGUCGUCAUGUGAACACCUGGUGGACAAGAUCAGCAGCUGGCUGCAGCAGAGCAGCAGUUUGUUGUCUAUCAGCUCUGAAGCAGGACGGCAACUUUCUGAAGCCGAACACACUCUGAACACACACCUGCAGCUACGUACACAAGCUGAGUCUGCAGGUCAGGAUGCAGAGAACAUGAAGCAGAUCCUGGAUCAGAUCAGAGCUCUGCACACCAGCGAGACCAGGUCCCAGCCUCCCAGUGAGACCAGCAGACAGCUGUCCCCUCUGAAGGCCCUGACGGAGCAGCUGAAGAGAGGCGGAGCGGGUUCACGGACCAGAACUCGGCUCGAUCCUCCAGCUGCCGACCUGACCGGUCCACCGAGUCCUGAAUUCUCCGUUCGAGUUGAUCUGGUCUUGAAGGAGCUACAGAGUCGGAACAGGAGGAUCGACUCAAACCUGCAGCUGCUGCAACCCUUCGUCUCUUUUCUCCGGACCGCCCAGCAGGUGGAGGAGGAGAUGGAAGAACUCAUGGAGAUCUACAGGAAGAGAUCGGAGGAAGAGGAAGCAGGUAGUUCCAGGAAGAGGAAGAAGAAGCAGCUGGACGCCUGCUGGCAGGAAACGCUACAGAAGAUCCUCACCUGUCAGGAACUGGGAGCCAACUGCGUCCAGACUGUCGCAACGGUGUCGGGAGCGUUGAACCCGCAGUCGCUGGUGUCGGCGGUGCAGCAGACGGUGGAGCGACUCGGCAGAACCAAACAGGAAGUGAACGAGCUGCGGAGUCACCAACAAAUCCAGAUCCAGCAGCACCAGUACUGCAGGAAAUACCAGGAGAGACUGGACAAGACCCUGCAGGACUUGAACUGCGUCUCUGAGAUGCUGGACUCCUGCACUCUGAUAGAUCUGGGUUCAGACCUGGAGACCUCCAGGCUGCUGGAGCACUACAGCCAGGCCAGACCACAUUUUACCCGCCUCGACGCCGAGGUGGAGUUCAUGGGGAAGAGCUGGGAGACUCUGAGCGGCGUCCAGGACCGGCUGGAGGUGGAGGAGUCGAAGGGAGUGAAGGAGGAGGAUCUGUCCAAGCUGCUGAAGCUCCAGGAGAAAGUGAAGAACAAGAUCCAUCAGAGCGAGUCCAUCCUGGACCUGAGCAGCAGCUUCCACCUCACAGCCAAACAGCUGGAGGCGCUGCUCCAGUCGGACCCUGGAACUGGUCCCGCUGAUCCGUGUGGAUCCAGUGAGGCUGAUCAGAGUGGACUCAGAGAGAAACAGAUCCAGAGUCUGUUGGAAACGGCUUCAACACUGAGGACAGAAAUCUGCUCCGCUGUCGCCAUCAGUGGUUGGACAUGUUUCAGAGUGGUGCAGCUGGAGACUCGACUCGUCUCUCUGGACUCUCUUUGUGUCUCGUCUCUGAAUGAAGUGACUCGUCGGGAGGACGAGCUGCUGACCCACCUCCUCAACGAUGACAUCACCCAGGUGAGGGGACGGGAGACAGGUGACAAGACACGGGAGACAGGAGACAAGACACGGGAGACAGCAGACGGGUAG